AUGGGUCGGGUGGUGGCGCUGUUUCUGCUGCUGCUGCUGCCGCCGCUCCUCUCUGCGCUAGCCGCCGCCGCCGCCGCGGCGCCCGGCGAGGGAAAUGCGGAGGUGAGGGCGCUGAUGGAGCUCAAGGAUGCGCUGGACCCGGAAGGGCGUGUGCUCUCAUCGUGGACGGCGGAGGGGGAACCCUGCGUAGGAGGGAGCUUCGAGGGCGUCGGCUGCAACGAGCUCGGGAAGGUGGCGAACAUCUCGCUGCAGGGGAAGGGCCUGGUCGGCUACAUAUCUCCGGCGGUGGCGGGGCUUCGCUUCCUCUCCGGCCUCUUCCUCCACUACAACUCGCUGACAGGGGAGAUCCCGCCGGAGAUCUCCAACCUCACCGAGCUCUCCGACCUGUACCUCAACGUCAACAACCUCUCCGGCGGGAUCCCGCCGGAGAUCGGGAACAUGGCCAGUCUGCAAGGCGAGUUCCUCGCUGAAGCCCCAGGGCCUCACCGCAUCAUCUCCUUUCUCUUUAAAAAGCUCUCGCUUUUAGAAAAGCUUCGGAUUCCCUCAUUUCUUCUUCCAAAACUCUGCAUUCUAGUUUUUUUAGCACUGUUGCAGCGGUUCUUCUUGAAGUGAAAAGGCGUCAUGCUUCAGUGCAUCGGGGUUUUCUCUCUUCGGUUUUUUUUCUCCUUGUUCCUCUUUUUUCCAUCUGGGUACAGCAAGAACAAGCUCUUUCUCUCUCUUGAGCAUCUAAUGGGGGGGAGGGGGAGGCCUUUCUCUCUCUGGUGUGUGUGUGUCUUGUUCGUCCUCAUCGUCAGAGAUGGGAUCUCACCUGCAUCUUCCUAUCUUCCCAUUCCUGCAGUGUUGCAGCUCUGCUACAACCAGCUAACCGGGAGCAUCCCGAACCAGCUGGGCCUCCUGAAGAAUCUCAGCGUCCUCGCCCUCCAGUCCAACCGCCUCACCGGCGCGAUUCCUGCGAGCCUGGGGGAUCUCACCCACCUCUCCCGGUUGGAUUUGAGCUCCAACCAGCUCUUCGGCUCUAUCCCCGGGAAGCUCGCGCAGGUCCCUCACCUCCUCGUCCUCGACGUCCGCAGCAACACCCUCUCCGGCAAUGUCCCCGACGGUAACUCCUCUCUUCAUCCUCAACCUUCCACUUCUCCGCCGUUCUGAGCCCACUCUUAUUAUAAACGAAAACCUCCGUGCAGAACUGAAGAAGCUGGGCGGAGGAUUCCAGUAUGAGAACAAUUCGAACCUGUGUGGGCUCGGUUUCCAGUCGCUCAGAGCUUGCGGCUCCGGCGACCUUACCAACCUCGGCCGGCCGGAGCCCUACGGCCCCGGCUCCGGCGGCGUCAUCUCUCAGAAGGGAAUACCGCAGUCGGCCAACAUCAAGCCGCGCUGCGACGGCACCCACUGCUCGUUGCCCACGAAGUCGUCGGCGAUCCCCAUCAUCGUGGGGAUCGUCGCCGCCGUCGCCGGAGGGACGGCCUCCGGCCUGCUGGCCUUCACCUGGUACCGGCGGCGGAAGCAGAAGAUCGGCAGCUCCUUGGAGAUGCUGGACGGCCGGGUCAGCACCGACCAGGGGGGAAAGAAGAGUGCCUCGCCGCUGAUCAGCCUCGAGUACGCCAAUGGUUGGGAUCCUCUGGCCGACGGGCGGAGCGGCGGCGGCUUCUCCGAGGAGGUCUCCCAGAGCUUCCGGUUCAACCUGGAGGAGGUGGAGUCGGCGACCCAGUACUUCUCCGACGUCAACCUGCUGGGCAAGAGCGGCUUCGCGGCGACCUUCAAGGGGAUCCUCAGGGACGGCUCAGUCGUCGCCGUGAAGAGCAUCAGCAAGACCAGCUGCCGCUCCGACGAGGCGGAGUUCCUCAAGGGCCUGAAGCUGCUCACCUCCCUGCAACACGAGAACCUCGUCGGCCUCAGGGGCUUCUGCUGCUCCAGGGGGAGGGGUGAGUGCUUCCUCCUCUACGACUUCGUCGCCAACGGCAGCCUCACCCAGUACCUGGACCUCAAGUCCGAACGGGGCGGCGCCACCGCCGCCGUCAGUCCUCUGGACUGGCCCAAGCGGGUCGCCAUCAUCAAGGGCAUUGCCAGAGGUACUUGCCGAUGGCGCUUUCAUCGGAUAUAUUUUACUAAGAGUCAAGCUUUUCCGGCGAGGUUUUGCGCUGGGGAUUGCUAAAAGUUUGAUGCUUCUUGAAAAAAUAAAUGCAACAGGGAUCGAUUAUCUGCACACGAGCAAGGCCGGGAAGCCGGCUCUGGUUCACCAGAAUAUAUCGGCCAGGAAGGUGCUCAUAGACCACCACUUCAAGCCGCUGAUUUCCGGGUCCGGCCUGCACAGACUCCUCGCCGACGACGUAGUCUUCUCCAGCCUCAAGGCCAGCGCCGCCAUGGGGUACCUGGCGCCGGAGUACACCACCACCGGGCGGUUCACCGAUAAGAGCGACGUGUACGCCUUUGGCGUCCUGCUGCUGCAGAUCCUCAGCGGGAAACGCAAGGUCAACCACCUGCGCCUCGGCGCUGACUCCGGCAAGCUGGAGGACCUCAUCGACGAGAACCUGGAGGGGAACUACUCCAAGCAGGAGGCGGCAAAGCUCGCCGGCAUUGCCCUGUUCUGCACCAGCGAGAUCUUGGAGCAGCGGCCGACGAUGGCGGCGGUGCUCCAGGAGCUUGGUGCUAGUGGCGGUUGA